CUGUACUGUAUACAGUAUACAGUAUACAGCGACCGAAACUUGACGCAACAAAUUCAUUGAUUGAUUCAUUGUUUCUUGUGUGCUAUGCUUCAUUCCUUCAUUGUGCAAACCAAGCUUGAACUGAACUGCACUGCUGCUGCUGCAUUUGUUAAGCAUACACAGAUCUCUCAUCUCUUUUCAUGGACUACGAGAGGAUUCACAAACCUCAGACUGGAAUAAUUUCCCCAAGUAAACUGAGGAUGAAGCUGAUAGGUCACAGAAAGAAGGAUGGAUCCAACAGUAACUCAUCCAGAACUUCCCCUUCCAGAAUUGAUGAUGCUGAAUUUGUCAACAGCUUACUACCUUCUAACAAUGGCAACCCUGACGAUGAAGGUCUGCAUUUCAUUUCUUUCUCUUUCUCUUUCUCUUGUGUGUAUAUGAUGAAUGCCAAUGACUUCAUUAAUUCCUUAAUUCCAGUUACAUCUCCCAGCUUAGAACCAAAGGGAAACGGUGCCACCGGCCUUACCAAGAUUCAGCAUCUUCAAAAGGCUGAUGGUGGAAGUUCAAGCUCUAUUCACCCGGUGAGAACAAUAGAAGAGGAAAAUCUUGAUUAUGACAGUAAUGCUAGCUCAUCCAGCUUCGAGUUUGAUAAAGGAGAGAGAUCGGUGAACAAUCCAGCAACAAGAUCACUAUUGAGGCCUAUUCCUUCUAAGUGGAAUGAUGCUGAGAAAUGGAUAAUGAGGCAAAACACACAAGCUACUGUUUCAAAAAAGAAUAAUACUCUGCAUAAUAGUCAACCUAAUCGCAUGGUGAGGGUUGCUCCGGAGUCUGGUGUUUAUGAUCAUAAGUUAUCAACAACCAAGGUGACAGAAACAAAGCGGGUUGACAAAUUCUCUUUUGUUCCUUCCGAUGGAAGAAAUCCAGUACUAGAAGAGUCUUAUCCCCAAAGCAAAGAUUUAAAGGAAGUAAAUGACUUGGACUUAUCUUGCUCAACAAGUACACAUGAUCAUUCAGCAUUUCCUGGAAUUCGAUCGGUGGCAAUGAGAGAUAUGGGAACAGAAAUGACCCCUGUGCCAAGUCAAGAGCCUUCACGAACUGCUACUCCUGGUGGCUCAGCAACUCCACUACGUAGUCCAGCGUCUUCAAUGCCUUCAACUCCAAGGAGAGGUGAGCCUGCUCCAACACCUUUGGACAACACAACUGAUGAUGAUUUGCAGUUUCCAACUGAAAAUGGAAGAAAACACUUGUCCGAAGAAGAAAUGAAGCUCAAGACAAGGAGAGAGAUUGCAGCCCUUGGCAUGCAGCUUGGUAAGAUGAAUAUAGCUGCUUGGGCAAGCAACGACGACGAGGAAGGGAAAAAGUCUGCUACGAGGGACGCAAAUGUGGAACAACAGGAGAGAAUUGAAUUUGAAAAGCGUGCUGCCCAGUGGGAGGAAGCUCAAAAGUCUAAACAUACUGCAAGAUUUAAACGUGAGGAAAUCAAAAUUCAAGCAUGGGAAAGUCAGCAAAAGGCAAAGUUAGAAGCAGAAAUGAGAAGAAUUGAGGCCAAAGUUGAGCAAAUGAAAGCUCAGACACAUGCAAAGAUGGUGAAAAAGAUUGCUCUGGCAAGACAAAGAUCAGAAGAGAAACGUGCGGCUGCCGCGGCUAGAAAAAGUCGGGAAGCCGAAAGAACCGCAGCUCAAGCAGAGUACAUACGCCAAACAGGGCGAAUGCCCCCUUCCAGUUACAUCUGUUGUGGUUGGGUCUGAUGUAUAGACAUUGCAAUUAAAACAAAAUGCAAAUCACAUAACUGUGUAAGGUAUGAGCCAUAAACAAUGGCAAAUGAUAGAUCUUGUAUGUUACUGAAACCCUGUAGUUUUCAGGCACCUGUGCAACUUGCUAUGUAAAAGUAAAAGGGAUUGCUGAAUGAUGAUUUUUACAAGUCACAGAACUGUGUCUGUUUCAUUUUAUUAUUAUUAUAAAAAAAAUUGGAGGAGGAAAAAAAACAGAGAGAAGAAA